UUCAAUUCUAAGGUUUUGAAAUAUUCGUCCGUGUGCUUUGUCUAACAUUCUUGCAAUCGCCUCCUCCAUCUUUUUCAACAAUGUCCUCCAAAACUCCCAAAACACGAACUACAAGUUCGAAGAAGCUCAUGAAGACGACAACCACUGAUAGUCCAAAGGAACUCAUCCAUGAAUUCUCUGAAAGUCCAGAGAAGCUCUUCCACCAACUCACUCUUCACGACACCGAUGUGUUAAUCAAGGCGCGCCUUCUGCACUCAUGGCGUUCUGUUAGUCCAUCCAACCCUCAAUAUAUUUACGAUUUUGGAACCCUAUGGGCUGAUGAAACGGGGAUGCUUAUACACGGCAUUGGAAACCGAAAUUUUGUUACUGAGUUUGAGCGAAAACUCACUGUUGGGUCUGUCUACAAAAUUCAAAAAUUCAUAGUCCAGGAAGCUAAACAGAUGUACCGCCCAUGUCGAAAUAACUUAAGCAUCUUUAUCACUCCCGGUACUAUGUUUGAAGAUGUGACUACCUCUUUAGAUUUCACUUCCGACAGCUUUGAGUUCUGUGAAUUUGAAGCACUGGCAGAACGUAUAGGUUCUAAGGCAUUAUUAACAGGUUAGAUUUACUGUACUUUUUUUUGUUUUUAUUUGGUAUAAAGUUAUUAACUAUUUGCUUGGUGACAAACAGAUGUUGUUGGCUGCCUUACUUCCAUCAGCGAAGUUGAUCACAAAACUACUUGCAAUGGAGUUACCCCCCUUCAAAAAUUAGUACUUGAGAACGAGAGGUAUUGUUUAUGACCUAUAUGAUUGGAAUACUAUAAUGACUUUGAGCUGUUUUCCUGUUGCUUAAAUAGGGAAUUUCUAUCUAUAUUAUUGAUCUUCCCUUUGACACUAUAGCUAAAACUUUCCUAUUAUAAAAACAGAGGUACCUCCUUAUCUAUUUCCUUAUGGGGGGAGUUAGCAUAUAAACUUAGAGCUGCUGAAUUGAUCGAGGCUGCCAAAACAUCGCCUGUCAUUAUUGCCAUAGGUGGGCUGACUGUUUCUACUUUUCGAGGUACUAUCACUUGCUCUAUCGAAAAAAUUAUGAGUUGGCAAGGAUUGUUUUUAUGGAUUUUUUAUUGAAUUAUGCGAUUUGUUUAUUCAUAAUUAAAUUCAUAGCUGACGUCGACGCUUCAAGUACUUCUGCUACGCGGAUAACCCUGAACCCUCAAACGCUUGAAUUUGGGUACUUUAAUCCAUACCCAGACGAUUUUGGCGACCUUAUAAAAUCGUAUGUGUUUUCAAUCAUUCUGUUAUAUAUAUUCAAAAACCAUUUUAUGAAUUCCUGUGAACUAAAAAAUUACUCUUAGCAGUGCUUCCAAUGCCUUAGGUGUCGUCUCUUCAAUCCCUGUGACUAAUGAAACACCUGAAAAAAAUGCCCAACGUGCUCUGGAAUCACAGCGGACAGUAACCGAACUCAUUAACAUGCGUGCAACCGGAGAAUCACUGGUACCUAUUCUUUAAAACUUUUUGAUCUUUCAUCGCUUUUAUUCGGUGCAACAACAUUAAUACUUCUUAUUUACAUUGUAGAAUGACAUUUAUAUUUGCCAAGCAACUGUUACUGCUGUGAAAUCAACAAAAACUUGGGCAUAUCGAGGUUGCACAAAAUGCCGUCGAACCGUCACCAACUGCGGAUUAAACUACUGGUGCGAAAAACACAAUCAGAUAGCCCCUUCAGAAACACAACAAUGGUAUUCUCAGCUCACAUGCAUAUUUGUAUGUCUAAUUUAAUAAUAAUAAUCUAAUAAUAAUGAUGUACGAUGUUUUUAUUAUUUCAUUCAGGUACCUCACAAGACUGAUUGUACAAGAUGGCACUGAUGAAGCAGUAUUCCUUCUCAUAGGAGAAACUGCUGACAAACUGCUUCGGAGAAAAUGUUCUGAAGUUUAUGAUAGUUUUCCUCAGGGGACUGGCAUAUUACCACCGGAAAUUGAAACUCUUUGUGGUCUAACCUUGGAAUUUCAUGUCAAAAUUCCAAAACAGAAUUACAAGGGCGGAGAGGGAGACUUCACAAUAACAAACAUCAUUGGGCUUCACCAACAGACUACAAAAACAGCUAAAAGGAAGCUUCAAGCUUUGGAAGCACCGAAAAGGUAUGGUCCUUAUCGUUUUACAUAGUUUCUUUAUAUUAGUACUUAAAAACAAAGUCGAACUUUAGCUGCCUCUACUAUUUAGAGAACCAGAUUCGGCAACCACGACUGAAUAUAUGAACCUGACUAGAGAAAUGGAAAACACUCAGCAUAUAGAGAAUCAGGUUAUUGAAGAAAUAUCAGAUUCAGGGUACGUAAUAUUUUUGUGUUUUCCCCAUCCAUAAAGUCCGUUCGCUCGCCAGAUUUUACAUUUACUUACAUCCCAACAAUGUCAUGCAUCUAUUUUCGCAGGAAGACUGACAUAGUCGAAGAGUCGAGAAAAAAAAGGAAAAGGUAAAGAAUAUUUAUUAUCGUUCCCCUUCCAUUGUAUCGGUUCCAUUGCAUAAGACCCUUUGUAAAUACUUCAUAUAUCCAUUUUUUGUAACAUAUAAAAUACUCACCAAUACUAUUCAACUUGAGAAUUCCGAUGCAGCAUUGACCUUCCACCGGCACAAACGAAGAAUGGAAACUCAACUUCUGCCUCCAUCUGUAAAAAUUUGAAGAAACCCAUUGCUGUGGAAAUCUUCACCGAUAAGAUGCCCAGAAAAGAACAUCCAGUGCUUGGAAAAAAUGAACUUCAACAAGAUUCAAGGUACGUGUUUGGUACACUGCUUUCUUAAAAAUGUUUUACUUCCUCACAUCCAUUACAAUGCCAUACAUCUGAAAAAUGUGCAGGAACAAAUAUGAUUGUUCGAAUCAAAACCAGAAGGGAAAACAGUCGAAAAAAUGUCAAAAAGCCAAAAACAACAGGUGCUCAUUGCUAACUCUCUUCAUCCCAACACAAUUAAGCCCCUCCUUCUAUGUCCCCAUAGCAUAUAUUGAUAAUGUUGACAGAAAAAUUCAUUGCUAUUCCAAAUUUAUUUAGGCACACUGAUGAUGGUGCGGACACAGUGAUUAUGGUGAAUUCGGAUGACGAGAAAUCAUCUUCUGACAAUGACUUACCUUUGUCAAAAAUCUUGGGAGACAAAAAACCUCCCAAUAAGAAAAGCUCAUCAGCAACCAAAGCACUUUCAAAAGAGGCGAAAUGCAGGUUAGAAGACUACUGACCAGAAGCAUGUUAUAUUAUUAUUACUAUUUGUUAAUUAUAUUAAUUUUGGCUAAAGAAAACUAACUGAAUUAAUCUUAUGUUUCAUUGUAGCAUUAACUCACCCUUAGCACGAGUUAAGAAGGAAAAACUUGAGGUAGCCUCUAAAUCAACAUCGACUACACCAAAGUCCACUACCCCACCUGCUGUUGCUGAAGUACCUGGGAAACGCAUGCGACAACCGACAAAGAAAUAUUGUCGUUAAGAAGAUCACUUGGACUAGAAAAACCAUUUAUUUAUUGGCUAAACUAGAUUAAGUAACUCUGUUUGUGUAAACAUCAUUUGGGGUAUAUGGAUGGAGCAUAACUAUAUUUUUGGUAUUUGGGAGGACACCUUUUAUGUUAUAGCCCUUCUUUAUUCUCUAUCACUUUGGACGUAAUUUAGUUCUUAUUAAUCAAUUCAGUUUUAGUUCUAUACCAUAUUCAUUGACUGAACAUUUCAGUAUCCCUCUUGAACUACACAAAGCAGGUUAUCUCUCUUCAAUUACACAAGGCAGGUUGCCCAAACACUAAAUAGAUUAAAAGCUCCAUU